AAAAGAAACUUAUGUGGUCUGUAUGUUGUUUGUCAAAAGUUUGGCUUCGAUCUUAUAAUUGAACUUAUACAAGAGGAAACUUUGCUGGUGCGUUUGUGCACCAUUGGUUUUAUCAGUUAAGUAUUUUCCUGUUCAGACAAGUUAGCGCGAGAACUUGACGUACGCAGUACGCAUUUGCAGGUGUUUACGUUAGUUGCGUUUUACUUGUGUUUAGUGCAUACCAUCGAGAUAUGUGCAUACAUCCAUCUUAAGAAUGUCAUUUUGAAGAUUUCUGACUCAAAGUGAAUUGGAAGCUGCCGUUGAAGAAGCUGGACAAGAACUGUACAACUACAGAAAAGGUGCUCUUGAUGCUGUUUACAUACCUCCAGAUGUAGACAAUGUAACUGAUGAGGAGGAUGUAGAGGAUGAGCUACUACCCGAAAUUGAUGUACCAGGUCCUUCAGAUAUUGCUGGUACAUUUGAACUCCACGCAUUUAUGAAUGAAGAUGAUGCUGCUGAAAUCCCAAACAAAGAGGAAGCCAUUUUUUUUGACGAUGAUGGAUUCGAUACUUCCGAUGAUGAGUUUUUGGCGUCAAAAAAAUUGCGACUGGUUCCUCCCCCCGUGCCAGUCACAUCCACAACUUUUGCUGUGCCGCCCCUCCAGCCAAAGUGGGAAAAGGGUCCACUGGAGUACAUUCAUUCAUCCAUCAGCAACGAAGACUUUGAUAUGGAGCAUUUAAAGAAUGUACUGGCUGGAAAAACGCCAUUAGAGAUGUUUUUUCUUUUCUUUGAUGAUAAUUUGAUAAAUUUGAUUUUAGAUUUUUCUGUGAAAUACGCCCAACAAAACAACAGACAUGGAUUUUGUUUGUCCAAAGGAGAACUUCUGAACUUCCUAGGCAUUAUGCUGUUUUCUGGGUAUCACACCUUGCCGCAAGUUCCGCUCUAUUGGUCAAACGAGGAGGACAAGGGGAUAGACAUAGUGAAAAAGUGCAUGAGUCGGAAUAGAUUCCAAGCCAUAAAGCGAAACAUACAUUUAUCUGAUAAUAGAGCAAUCGCUAACAAAGAAAGGACGUCAUUGGGACUUGGUGGUGAAAUCGUCAACAAUUUACUUGCCAACGUGGAUUAUCCUGCUAGACAUAAUAUUUUCUUUGACAACUUCUUUUCUUCAUAUCAACUCCUAGUUGACCUGAAGAACAAAGGUUUUUAUGCCACAGGAACUAUAAGAAGUAAUCGAACAGGACACUGUCCGCUAGUUGAACCAAAAAUCAUGUCCAAGCGAGAACGAGGAGCGUAUGAUUGCGCGUAUGACAAAAAAAAAACAAAAUUUCAAUGGUUCGUUGGAAUGAUAAUGCUAUAG